AUGCAUAGAUUAUUUCUGAUUUUUAUAUUCUAUCUUUUAUUUUAUGAAUCUACUGAUGGUUGUAUUUCAACACAUCCGGCUGCAAAUCCAAUCAUGUAAGUUGAUCAGAAAAAAAAAUCCUGCCUGGAAACUUUUUCAAAUCUAAAAAAUCUUUCAGAAAAAAAAACGAAAAAAAAAUUUUUUUUCUGAAAAAAAACGAAAAAAAAAUUUUUUUUCUGAAAUCUGAAGAUUUGUUAGAGAAAUGCCCCAAAUUCUUCAUUUUUCGACUACGAUUGUAAACGCGCUCCACCGAAAUAAACACGCAACGCAGACCGCGCCGCGCCACAACCAAAAGGGAGGGAAUUCGAAUCGUUCCCCUAUUUGUGUGUGUGCACGACCAUUUACUCCAAUAGAAAAUUGCCCCUCGGGUCAGACAAGAGACGACGGGGGUCUGUCUGAUGACGUCAUCUGAGACAGAGAGAUAAUUUUGAGAAAACACGUGUCCCUUUGAAAAAAUACCGUAUUUUGUUUCAAGGAACACAUGUUUUAUUGCAAAUAUCUCGAAGCGAAAUUCACAUUAUUUUUGCAAAAUACUCUCGUCGUCUCGCGUCUGACUCAACGGGCGCCCCUUGUAUGGUCGUGUGUGUUGUGGCGCGACGCGGUCUGCGUUGCGUGUGGAGCGCGUGGUAUAAACGAAACCAAAAUUCACAUUUCAGUGAUCCUUCGUCAAGUUCAAACAACGAUACGAAUAUUAAUCAGAAUGCGAAUGAGAAUUCCAAUUCCAAUUCCAAUUCCAACGAAAAUCAAAAUUCAAAUAACCAAAGCUCUUCGAAUUCUAAUGGAACUUCAAGUGGAACUUCGAGCAAUAGUACGAACUUGAAUUCAAACUCAAAUUCCAACAACAACUCCAACAACAACACCAAUGGGAAUUCCAGCAAUGGGAAUUCCAGCAAUGGAAAUGCAACCAAUUCGAAUCAGAAUCAGAAUCAGAAUCAGAAUGACAACCUCAAUCGGAACAAUAACACCAAUUCAAAUGCCAACACAAACUUCAACGGCAACAACAACACUAACAUGAAUGAUAAUAUGAACAGCAACACAAACUCCAACAAUAAUUCGAAUCGUAAUUCAAACAGCAACAGUAGUUCAAAUCUAAACGCCGUGAAUAGCAGUGGAACAAGUUAUUCCUCAAGUGUAAGCAAUUCGAAUAGUGGAAAUACAAAUACAAAUAGUGGAAAUACUGUCAUCAAUAUUGGAUAUAAUUAUUAUGGAAGUGGAGGAGGAGGAAAAGAGGGUUGUAAACCUAGAAAAUGUUGUUGUAGACGACGAAGAUGUAGAUCGAGGGAUUGCUCAUGUUAUGGACAACGACCGUGGAAUAAGGCGUGUUAUGAUUGCGAAGGUCGGAGAUGUGCUGAUGGUCCCUGUGGACCUCGGGGGCCUGAAGGCCCAUGUGGAAGAGGCUGCGGUCACCGGGAGCAUGGGUCGAGCUGUCCUGAAGACCCUUGUGACGCUGGCAGACCUCGGGGGCCCGGUCCAAUAUGCCCUGAAGGUCCCUGUGGACCUCGGGGGCCUGAAGGCCCAUGUGGAAGUGGCUGCAGUGAUCGGGAGCCCGGUCCAAGGUGCCCGGAAGGUCCUUGCAGACCUCGGGAGCCUGGUCCAAGAUGCCCUGCUGGUCCUUGUCAAAGGCCAGGCCCAUGUGAAGAUGGCUGUUCAGAACCGUGUCGCUCUCCUUGUCGUCCUGAUUGGCCUGGCCCGGAUCUUCCACCACCCAACAACUCGACAAGGCCACCAGGACCUACCCGACCAACUAGGCCACCAGGACCUACUCGACCAACUAGGCCACCAGGACCUGCUCGACCAACUAGGCCACCAGGACCUACCCGACCAACUAGGCCAACUAGGCCUACCCGCCCUACCCGCCCUACCCGCCCUACCCGACCACCACCAAUAUCAACGACCACACCUUCUACCUCCCCACCAUCCCCCUGUCACGGUAUCCCAGGUCUCCCUCCAAUGCAACCCGGAUGUGCCUACCCAGAUAUUCACCUACCUGAAAUCCCCGGAUUCAAUAGUUGUUUAUACAUGGAACAUCACAGAAGAUGUCGAAGACCGCAAAAAUGGAGAGAUGAUUGUGAUGAUCAAGAUGAUUGUUGUGAGAACGAGUGUUGUGAUGAUGAUUGUUGCGAUCAUCAUCAACCACAUCCACCUCGAUUCACAACAACUACUGAAGUUCCGACAUCCACAGAAUCUAUGACAUCCACCGAGGCUCAGAGUACAACUGAGGUUAUGAGCACUACUGAGAUAGUGACUUCUUCCGAAGUCCCGACAUCUACAGAAUCUGGAACAACAUCGGGAGAAAUUCUGACCACAACUUCAGAGGUUUUAACAACAUCGGAAGCUGGUACAACUUCGGAAGUUCUCACCACAACCUCGGAGCUUUUCACAACUUCUGAGAUGCUUACCACUUCGGAAGUUCUCACCACAACCGAGGCUAUGACAUCCACAGAAUCUGAAACAACUUCUGAAGUUCUGACCACAACUGAGGCUAUGACUACCACAGAACUUCAAUCAUCUACAGAACCUCCUACCACAACUGAAGUUCUGACAACUUCUGAAGUUCUUACCACAACUGAGGCUAUGACAUCCACAGAAUCUGGAACAACUUCAGAAGUUCUAACAACAGCUUCUGAAGUUCUGACCACAACUGAGGCUAUGACCACCACAGAAUCUUACCACAACCGAGGCUAUGACCACCACAGAACUUCAAACAUCCACAGAAUCUGGAACAACUUCAGAAGUUCUAACAACCACAGAGAUUCCAACCACAUCUUCGGAAGUUCUUACCACAACUUCCGAAGUUCCGACAUCUACAGAACUUCAAACAACCACGUCAGAGAUUCCCACCACAACUUCUGAAGUUCUGACCACAACUGAGGCUGUGACCACCACAGAAGCUGGAACAACUUCAGUGGUUUUGACAACCACUGAGAUUCUAACCACAACUUCGGAGCUUCUAACAACUUCCGAGUUAAUUUCAUCCACAGAAGUCCCAACAUCUACAGAAUCUCUAACUACAACAGAGAUGCCCACCACAACUUCGGAGCUUCUAACAACAUCAGAAGUUUCGACUAGCCACUGAGGUAAUAUCCACUACAGAAAUUCAAACAUCCACAGAACCUGCGACAACCACAGAAACAGUGACAACUGCAGAAGUUCCCACUACUACAGAAGUUCCGACAUCUACAGAAUCUCUCACCACAACAGAAAUUCCAACAACAUCCGAAAUUCUCACUACUUCUGAAGUUCUCACCACAACUGAGGCUAUGACAUCCACAGAACCUCCUACCACCACUGAAGUUCUGACAACUUCAGAAAUUCGAACCACAACUGAAGCUCUCACUUCUACUGAACCUCCUACCACAACUGGAGUUCCAACAUCUACCGAAUCUCUAACAACUACAGAAACUCUCACCACAACAGAGUCAAUUAUAACUACUGAAAGUCCAACUACGUCGGAAAUUCUCACAACAACUACAGAAGUCUCAACAUCUACAGAACCUCCUACCACAACUGAAGUUCCGACAACUUCCGAGAUGCUUACCACUUCAGAACUUUUGACAUCCACAGAAGUCCCAACAUCUACAGAAUCUCUAACCACAACUGAAGUUCUGACAACAUCAGAAGUUGCUACCACCACUGAGGCUCUCACAUCUACUGAAUCUCCGACAACUUCAGAAAUUGUCACAUCUACUGAAAUUCCAACUACAUCUUCUGAAGUUCUGACCACAACUGAGGCUAUGACAACUUCAGAAAUUCCUACGACCACUGAGGCUCUCACAUCUACUGAAGUCCCAACAUCUACAGAAUCUGGAACAACUUCAGAAGUUCUAACAACCACUGAAAUUCCAACUACAUCAGAAAUUGUCACAUCUACUGAAAUUCCAACCAGCACAGUAUCAUUGACAACAUCUGAAGCGUUUACUUCUACCGAGGCAGUAACAACUUCAGAAAUUCCAACCACCUCUGAGGCUCUCACAACUUCUGAAAUUUUGACAACAUCGGAGUAUCUGACAACACGCUUAACUUCGACAGAACUUCCAACAACAUCAGAAUUUGUGGCUACAACAGAACCAUCGACAACUUUGGAAGUGUUGACUUCUACUGAACCUCCAACAUCUACAGAAUCGCUGACAACUUCUGAAGUUCCCACAACUUCGGAGAUCCCAACUACAUCUUCGGAAGUUCCGACCACAACCGAGUCAAUGACAUCCACAGAAGUCCCAACAUCCACAGAGCUCCCAACUACAACUUCAGAACCUCUAACAACAACAGAAGUUUUGACAACAACAUCUACAGAAGUUCCGAAUUCAAGUUCAUCCCAAACCCCACUCACAUCAACUGCAAUUCUAGUAGCUUCUGAAGAAUUGGAUGAUUCUAUCACCACAACAUCCCGUCGACCUCCUCCAACCUGCUCAUGUUCAUCCAACCCAAUCCGAACAAACAUCGCAUGCCCAUCAGGAAACAUCUGCUCAACUCCAACCACAACAUGUCGACAAAUCACCUGCGACUAUUCUGAAACCCUAUUAACAUCAGAAAAUGGAGAUAGCGUAACUUCCCUCACCUGUGAAAGUGGGAAAUGGAUCUCUUCAAAUGGGGUUGAGUAUUCUUCAGGAACUUGUGUGAAGUCUUGCAAUUCUUGUGCAAAUUUACAAUAUGAUACAUCACUUUGCCCAUCGAAUUCGUAUUUUUGUGAAAGUUCAGCGAAGUAAGCUUCAUCUAAUUAAUUAGUUAGGCUAAUUAAAUGUUGUCUUCCAGCGCCCUCGUUUACACUCAAACAUCAAAUGGCUGUAAUCGUGUGCAAUGUGCAAACUCCAACACGGCAAUGUAUUAUUACGAUGGUCGAUUGUCUUCGCAACCCGUUUGCACUGGAACCUAUUACAGCACCCCUGAAGUCAAUACGGUGACGCGGGUGAUUUGCGCGAGACGAUGCGCAUGCUCAUCAACGGAAUUCAAUCCGAUAGUUCCGGUUGGCAUAGGUUCGAUGGCGAUGAAUCAGGCAGCGGCGCCGAGGUGUUUUGCGAAAUUGGCGGGUUGUCCGGAUGGAUAUUCGUUGAGGUGAGCGAGAAAUGACUGAAAAACUGAAUUUUGUUUAGUUUUAGGCCACGUUUCACGUUAAAAAUGAUAAAUUUCGAGGUUUUCGCCUAAAAAAAUCUUUAAAAUUUUUUUCAAACGAAAAAAAAACGCGGGUUGGGUCUUGCAGCGAUAUGUGUGUAUUUUUCAUGCGCCUUGAAUGCAAACUACGGUUUUCGAAAAUUUUGGGAGUUUUUCAUUGAAAAAAAUGUCAAAAUGCUCCAAAUUUAGAACUUUUUUCGCAUGAAAAAAAUGAAAACAUUUUUUUCAAACGAAAAAAAAAACGCGGGUUGGGUCUUGCAGCGAUAUGUGUGUAUUUCUCAUGCGCCUUGAAUGCAAAAAAAAACAUUUUGGGGGUUUUUCAUUGAAAAAAAUGUCAAAAUGCUCCAAAUUUUGCGCUGAAUUCUAAAAAAGAGCUUAAUUUUUUCAAAAAACAAGCCGGUUUCAAAUUUUUUCUUGAAAACCUUUAUUUAAAAAAUUAAUUUUGAAAAAAAAAUAACAUUUUUUUUUUUCAAAAAAAAAAAACGCGGGUGGGUCUUGCAGCGAAAUGUGUGUAUUUUUCAUGCGCCUUGAAUACGGUUUUGGAAAAAAAUUUUCAUAAAAUUUUUUUUUCUUGAAAAUCUUCCCAGUUUUUUGCAUAAAAAAGUAAUUUUGAACAUUUUUCGCAAUAAAAAAAUAAAAACAUUUUUUUCAAACCAAAAAAAAACGCGGGGUGGGUCUUGCAGCGACAUGUGUGUAUUUUUCAUGCGCCUUUAAUGCAAACUACGGUUUUCGAAAAUUUUGGGAGUUUUUCAUUGCAAAAGGUGUCAAAAUGCUCCAAAUUUUGCGCUGAAAAAGAGAUGAAUAAAUAAAAUUAAAAAAAAAUCAGGUUUCAACAUUUUUCUUGAAAAUCUUCCCAGUAUUUCGCAUAAAAAAUUAAUUUUGAACAUUUUUCGCAUGAAAAAAAUAAAAACAUUUGUUUCAAACGAAAAAAAAAACGCGCGGUGGGUCUUGCAGCGAAAUGUGUGUAUUUCUCAUGCGCCUUUAAUGCAAACUACGGUUUUCGAAAAUUUUGGGAGUUUUUCAUUGAAAAAAAUGUUAAAAUGCUCCAAAUUUCGCGCUGAUUUCUAAGAAAACCCUAAUUUUUCUCCCAGAAUCGAAACAACUGACGGAUCAAUAAUAUUCUUCGACCAACAAGCUGCAAGUUCAAAAGAGCUAGAAUGUGUGGAUGGAACGUAUUUCCGAACAACAAUUGGAAAUACAACAGUCAGUGUUGAUAAUUAUACCUGUUUCAAUGGAGGUUGGUUGUUUUUCCGCAAGCUUCCGCGUUCCGCAUCCAACAAUUUUCCGCAGGUUGUUCAUCAUGCACAUUUUCCACAAGUUCAUCUGAAAUCAUCGCAUCAACCACUUACACCAACUCGAAUUAUUGUAAAAAUUUGUCACUUUUUGGGUGUGAUAAUGGGUAUAGGUAUGUUCCUUUAAAGGGUCUAACCUGAAAACUGAAAAUAAAAAAAAAAUUUUUUCCAGAAUCUCUGGAAGUUCACAAAGUGUGUCGUCAAGUUUAGAAUGUGAAUUAUUUGAUGGCGAAGCCAUGUGGAAAAUCGGGUCUGCUGAUCGUGUUAGUGGAAAUCUUGAUGUUUCUUGUGCAUGA